ACAAUCCGAGGACGUCAUUCAUGCGAUGCUCAGGUCCGAAGCCGACCGCCUGCGAAUGGACUAAUCCGUCCGAGGUGUCAAUCAUGUCGGUGCCGCGGUUGAAGUGUGGGUUUUGGUAACCGCCUCUUUCUGCUGGGGAGCGAGAGGAGAUCCGAGCAGGGAAUACUUGCCUAAGACCAAAGACCGCAGGGUACCAUCGUUUACGGUCCUUUCUGAGACUGCGUGCUCGCAGACUAAUACUAACGGGUAUCUGGAUUACAAAAUAUAAAAAUAACAAACAGCUAACAAAUGCAGAAAAAUGGGUAAACUUCAUUCGAAACAUGAACCCGAAAGCUGCCGUUUGUAAACCAAGGGAGAGCCCCGAAGGUGACAGUUUCGUAGUUAAUGCCUGUUUGGCCAGAAAAGGAAUCGACGAAUGGAUGGUUAAACAGAAGUACUAUUGCACCGGCUCGCCGCUGGAGCAACAGGAUUGUGAGCAGAAAGCCAGCAGCGGAGCUGCACCGCGGGAUGAACUGUGCAAGGAUGGGAUCAUAGACCAACAUUAUCGCCUAGAAGUGGACCUGCCCCCCGAGAAGACAGACAGGUGCUACGGCGAGGACAAGAUACAAGUGCGGGAAGGUGCAGAUGCCAGAAGUGCUCAGAAACCACUCAAGUUUGAAGAGCUUCAAUGCGCCGUCUCUGUGGAGGAAGACGACCGGCAGGAGUGGACAUUCACGCUGUAUGACUUUGACAACAAUGGCAAGGUCACAAGAGAGGACAUCACCAGCCUGCUGCACACCAUCUACGAGGUGGUGGAUGCUUCCGUGAACCACUCCCCCAGCACCAGUAAGACCCUUCGGGUCAAGCUGUCUGUGGCCCCUGACUCCAGCCGAUGGAAGGGGUCCGCUCAGACCCCAGCAGACCCUCCCCAUUUGAGGCAAAAGGCUGACAAGUGGAUCGAAGAUCCCAAAAGUUCUGACAAGAAGUCCCGGGCCCUUAUCAGGCGUCACCAUGGUGAGCAGCCCACCCAGCAGGGCUGCCAGAGGCACUGCGUAGAUGAGAACCUGGAGCGCAGGAACCACUACUUAGACCUAGCUGGGAUUGAGAACUAUACAUCACGCUUUGGGUCAGGUACCACAGACACAGGAAAAGCUGAGCCUCAGAUCCGACCCACGAAUCAGUCGCGGUCCCGCUCCCAUGAGCCAGAGAAUGGACACGCUCACCCACAUCACCGGCGCCUGCACACCGUGCAGGUGGAGGCAUCCUGCUUGCGGGCUCGGGAUGAGGACUGGGGCCGUCACGCUCUGCGCUCCCCCAAAAUCUCCGGGCACCCCCAGCUAGUGGCCCAGUUAGCCAGGACCCGGGCACUCAAGAGCCGAACUGCCCCCCCGCCACCGGCACUGCCUGGUCACGUUGGGCCCUACAGAAGGCACAAGCAGCGUGCCAAGGAAGCCCAGCAAAAUGCCCGCAUGAUGGGCCCCGUGUCAGAGAGGGGACAAGAGCGGGAGCUGCCUAGCUUGGUUUUGUACGAGGGUGGCCUGGGUCCGGUGGUCCAGCGGCACCAGCACCAUCAUCACCAUGAGCACCAUCACCACUACCACCACUUCUACCAGUCCUGAACUCACCCUCUUCUUCACUGGCCCCGCCCAAAAUGUAGUUAUGUCACCAGAGCUCUGUGAAGGCCAUUGCUGAGCCUGGAGGCUCCUCUACAACUGAGGGUGCGGAGCCUUGCUGACUGGCACCACGUGUGUGAAGUAGGAGGUGUGGUUCGUGGGGCCAGGGGAGGCAGAAAUGAGUCUUACAGGAGCUUUGCUGCUCACGUCGAUUUUAUUGAUUGUUGUUUUUUGCAGUUUGCAUAUAUGGUUGGAUUGAACUUCCUCUACCACUUUUCGUCACUCCUCUUAAGAGGUUUGAGGGACAGGACCAAGGGGCAGAGCGAUGGUCAACCAGGCAUUGCAUAUGAAGGAACAUGGGUUUGUGGGAAUCACUGUGGCUACCUGCAGAUCCCGGGGAACCCAUCUGCUCUACUGCCCCGUCACUGUUUUUAAAAAGCACUUCCUGGUAGAGUCGCUUUUAAAAUGCAUUUCCGUUCAGUCCCUGGUCUUUGGUUGUCAAGAUCAGAAUCCUGCUUUUCCCUGGAGCUGAAGAUACUUUUGAAGAUUUUAUAAUUUUUUUUUUUUUUUUUUUAAAGAACUGAGAAUUAAAGACCCUGAACAGCUGCUACCUCUAGUAUUAUGAUUAUUGCUAUGAAUGUUAUUCAGAUGUUGUUUUCAGUAAUGUUUUUAAUAUGCCACAUGGGGGGGGGGGGUCCCCCUUGUGUAGUCCUGAUAUUUCCUACACGUUUUUGUAUGUAAAUCUUUCAAAUAUUUUCCAACAAGCAUUGCCGAUGCCAAAUGGUUUUAUCGCUACAUUACAGCUCCUGCUUACCCCCCCCUUCUUAAGGCUAAUUGUCCCUCUAAGACCACUUACCAUUGAAAUCACAAUUAAUCUGGAUAACAUGGGGGACCAUUAUAUAUUAGGUUGAGGUCUGUAGGAAGGUUGUACACUCUCUCAGGUACCCUUCAUCAGUACAAACGGGCAAGUUGGCGCCCCUAGUGGCAGGUAAUGACUCAAACUUUAAUCCAGUGAAGGUCUCUUUGGUCCCUUGGCUGCCCAGUGUUUUAUAAACACCUGUCCAUAUCUGCGUUGCUAUGUGGAGACUGGUUCCUUCAGUGAUCACUAAUGGUUUUCAAAGCUGGAUAGAUUGGCUGUGUUCUAGUAGGCCUUGCCAACAGUGCGGUUGGUCUAGUAGUCUCUAGUUAAGUUCUGUGGGUGGCCUGUUGGACCUCUGCUCUGCGUGAAGCAGCCCCCAAUCGUCAUAGCAGCCCCCAAUCGUCAUAGCAGCCAUUAACCACAUCCCCCUCCACAGCCACUUGGCUUCAUGUUUACCUACAGUUUUUAUUAGAGAGGCUACUCCUUUCACCUUAGUCUUAGACCUGUGAAACGCUUCAAAGGCGUGUUGAAGCGACUUUGGAAUCAUGCAUUAGCGAGGGUGUAGUACGACCAGAUGGGCCGUUUCCACAUCCCACCUCACACAAGCUUGUCGGUGAGUCGCUAUGACGUGGCUCUGUUUGAACGAGAGUGUAGCACGCCGUGCACCAGCCAUGCAUCAUUGCUUCUGGGAGUUCUACUUGCACAAAAUGUUCUGAGGGCAAAACAAAAAAAAAUGAUUGGUUCAGAGAGAGAGCCAAUCAGAUUGUAGAGGAGGUGGGUUCAAUGAACUAGAGAAGGUUGGACCAAGAUAUCUGAUUAAUUGGUCCUGCCUCCUCUAGUUGCCUGGACCCACCUCUUCUACAAUCUGUUUCAGAGAGAUGACCAAUCAUUUUUCACUCCGCCCUCAGAACAUUUUUGUGCAAGUAAAACUCCCACGAGUUGACUGAUUUUAGGCCAAUGGCUGGGACUGACGGGCUUUUUCCUUUGUACAGGUGAGAGAGUGUGUGAAUAUGAAGGCUGUUUAAUGUUAGCAGUCCCCGUACCUUGUAAAGGGACAGAGCAUGGCUUCGUAUAUGUGCUUCAUUCCCCCACAGUCUGGUUUCUAUGACUCUGUAUUUAACGUUAAACCCCAGCCUCUCUUGAUUGUUGCCACUAAGUUAUAUUAAAAGGUGCAUUUUAGAAUUAUUGUAAAUAUUUUACGUAUUGGAAAAUGAUAUACACAUCUUUUAGAAGGAAAUGAGCUUAUUUAUAUAAAUAAAGUGAUUAAUGUAUGUCUUCAAAGCUA